GUACAGCGCCUGGCACAGUACGCGCUUAACAAAUUCCGGAAAUGUAACCGAUUCCGUCAUGUUUGCCGUGCCUUCAGACGAGGAAUUGAACCUCCUAGUAAUCGUCGUCGACACCAAUCCAAUUUGGUGGGGAAAGCAGGCUCUGAGAGAAUCACAGCAGUUCACGUUAUCAAAAUGCAUGGAUGCUGUCAUGGUGAUGGGAAAUUCCCAUUUGCUGAUGAACCGGACCAACAAACUUGCUGUGAUAGCAAGUCAUACUCAAGAAAGCCGUUUUUUGUACCCUGGAAAGAAUUGGAAACUUGGAGAAUUUUCUGGAGAUGCUUGCAGUAGCCCUACGGAGUACAAUCCGUCCGGUAGUAAGGAUGGGAAAUACGAACUACUGACAACAGCAAAUGAAGUCAUUACUGAGGAGAUUAAAGAUCUCAUGACAAAGAGUGACAUGGAAGGACAACACACUGAAACCUUGCUGGCCGGAUCCCUUUCUAAAGCGCUUUGCUAUAUUCACAGGAUGAACAAAGAAGUGAAAGACAGCCAGGAAAUGAGGUCAAGAAUUUUGGUUAUUAAGGCUUCAGAAGACAGCGCGUUGCAAUACAUGAACUUCAUGAACGUGAUCUUCGCAGCCCAGAAACAGAAUAUUUUGAUCGAUGCCUGUGUCUUAGACUCUGAUUCUGGGCUUCUCCAACAGGCUUGUGAUAUUACCGGCGGUAUAUACUUGAAAGUGCCUCAGAUGCCGUCCCUUCUGCAGUAUUUGCUGUGGGUAUUUCUUCCUGAUCAAGACCAGAGGUCCCAGUUAAUCCUCCCGCCCCCAAUUCACGUUGACUACCGGGCUGCUUGCUUCUGUCAUCGAAAUCUCAUUGAAAUCGGUUACGUCUGCUCGGUAUGCCUGUCAAUAUUCUGCAAUUUCAGCCCGAUUUGCACCACAUGCGAGACUGCCUUUAAGAUUUCCCUUCCUCCAGUCAUGAAGACCAAGAAGAAGAAGCUCAAAGCGACUGCCUAGACAUAUUAGGAGCGCUCCUCGUCGCAUUCCCUGCCUCGCCCUUCCCUCCGGAGCGGACUCUAGCUGGGAAUCCCGCGCCGAGCAGGUCGUUAGAGGAAAAAUGCUAGCAUUUAAAAUAGAUUUUGAUGGAACUCGUCCCGUAGGGGAAAAUUCUCCAAACAGCAUUCCUCACACAGUAUUAUUUGGAGGCCUGUGGGCGGGCGAGGGAAUAUGUUGCAGUAUGACGGCUGUUAUUACCACGGUCAUUAUUACCCACGGUUAACGGGCCGUCCCCGAAUGAUCGCAGAAUUGUGUUCGGAGGAACUUGGAAGAGAAGUAUUCCAGGGAAGUUGUUAAAGCCUGUUUGUCCAGACUUUUUAGGUCACGGCCCCGAAAGUUUCCCCGGUGGAAAGCAAACCUUUUCAUCAGGAUAAGAACCUUUCCUUUAUUCCCUGUCCCCUCUCACUUCAAAGGCAUAUCAGUAUUUGAGAGAAGAGUAUUUCCUUGGAAAAUUUGCCACAAAUUGUAGAAGAAACGGCCAUCCCAAGGGUGGCUGGAAGCGUGGAAACCUUUUUCAUCUUCUGGCUCAGGGAAAGGAAGGCUGGCUGCUGAUUUAGAAACUACCUAUCUGUACGAAACCUUUGUUUUAGCAAGCGCUUUAGUUUUUUUGUUUUUGUUUCUAAACAGACUUUCCCUACCCCAAGCACCGGAUCGGUAGUCUGGCAUCUGACUCUCAGUAAAAGGGUAGUGCCAGAAGUACUUUAAAUGGAGGAUUGUUUGAAUUUGCAUCCUCUAAGGAUCGUAUCAUGAGCAUCUGCAAAAGGAAAACUCCUUUCCCUUUGACUUUUAUAGCUUCUAUAUUUUGUAAUUUUUAAACCGCAAUAGUACAUGACUAUCCACUGUUUAAUGGGAAUCCCCAAAUUGCUGCAUUUGCGAAGUCCAUGUCGACAAGCCUCCAGACUUUUCCAUUUUACAGUCUCAUUUAAACUCCGUGACUCCUUUAGGUCCAAGUAAGUUUUUUGUUGGUACUAAAUAUAUUUUUAUUUGAAUGGUAGCAAUAAAACCAUGGAUUUUUUUCAA